AUGGAAUCAUUUGCCUAUGGCUCUCUUGCGCAGAUCCGGAUACUCCUCCUACCUGUCGGGAACAUUCGCCGGUCCACCUUCGAUGCUUGGGUGCAGGAGAUCAACAAUACCGACACCAUUCGGUUAGGUGACUUGACCACGGAUGUCAAAGACGAGCGAUCCCGUUUUAUGCCUAACCACCAGCUCGCGAGCGGAAAUUUGCACCUCAGAUAUAAUUCACAUCCUCCCCCCGAAUCGCAUAUACCGCUUUCCUUGUUCCGGACCUCCGACUUCCCCCUUGCUGUGGUGGGCAUUGCGUCAUGCGCACCGAACGACUCGCUCGCGACUAUCCUCACACACUUUCAAAAUGCUAUCCAUGAGGUGUUCCCACAAGGCUCCAUGUUUCCUCUCGCGAGCAAUUGCUUUGUGUUUGAGGAGAGCGACAGCACUACCAACAUCGACCUCGGAGACAACUUCCCGGGCCUAGUGGUCAUUCCGAGCAUGAUGGGCCACAAGAGCACAUACAUCGUGCUUGUAGAGCUUGCAACUGUAAUGCAAACUCUGGAGAGCCCUCUGGGAAACGAAUAUCUCAACGCAUCCCUCUUCCCCAUGCUUCCGCCCUCUUCGGAGAUGCCUAGGUCUUUGGACGAUGAACCACGACGAGAGUCACUGCCUCCACUUCCUUCUCAUAACAGUCAGCCUGACCUGAACGGUCCGCGGUCGAAGACGCCAUUAGGACUGAAGCGUACGUCUACCAUGGGGCCCGGACUUCUACCCAGUCGCCAUUCUAGUCUCCCUCCAACUCCCGCUCUACCCAACAAAAAGAGGGUAUCAGCCAUUGGGGCCGCAUCUUCCCAUGGACGACUCUUCAAAGUGCUAGGUGAUUUCUUCCUGUUGGCUGGCCGACUGGAGGAAGCCACCAUAUGGUACAAUGAAUCGAUCAUGCUGUUCAAGUCUCCGCAGGACGCACCAUGGCAUGCUUCGGCCUUGGAGGGUCUUGCCACCAUCCCCGUAGUCGAAGCAUGGUCCUCGACCCAUGGUAUUAAUGGGACUGCCAGCGACAAGGAUCCGUGGCAUGACAUCGCAGACAAGCUCACACAGGCCAUCGGUCUCUAUCAGAAGAUUUCACCCACCUCCGAGCCAGAGGCUAAUCUUUCUCUUCUUGCCUAUCUUUAUUGCACUUCAGUCCUACGACAUAGCACCCUCCUCUAUUCUGUCUGGUCCUCCAAAGGGUGGGGUCCUCUUGCCUUCACCGCCAUGCUCCAGCCCGGCCCCUCGCUCUUCCUCCCGGCUACACUGUCUAAUAACGCAUCCCCCGUAACCUGUUCUGCUCCCCGAAACACUUACGCAAGUCUGGAACGACUAACCUCCAUCACUGGAAUAACGCGGGCGCAGAUCUCCGCCUCUAUCUCGCAAGCGCACGGUCCAUGGUUUGCGCAUCUCGACACCCGUGAGCGGGUACGGACAUUGGAGUACAUUGCCGCCAUGUACGGCGCGUUAGGUCAUGUGAGGAAGGAGGCUUACGUGCUGCGCGAGGUGCUCGCAUGUCUCAUGGAUAUGGUCGUGUGCGGGCGCGACGAGAGUGGGAGCGGCAGCGCGCGCGUCCUAAGCGCCGGGCUUGGGAACCGCAACAACUCCUUGAACGUCACGACCUCGCAGGGCACGGUGGGCAUCCGAGAGAACGAGCGGACGGAUGGCAACGAGAGCAUCUUGCACAUCGUGAAGCACAUCUGCAGGGUACAUGGCGUCGACCUCGAGGCUGUCAAGUUGCUCGAUAAUAGCACGCCCGACCGCACCAGCCAAGCACCUCAGACGGACGCGGAAGGCGAGGAGAACGAAGAGCUCGCGCCGUCACUGCAUGAGCCAUUCGGCUGGCCUGAGCUUCAGAUUGACAUCAUCCGAGAGGCUAUCGGUAUCGCUGAGGCACUCCCAGACUACCCUGCUGUUGCUCAGUUCUCCUUGUCGGCCUUGAAGCUGCUUUACCCUGUAAUGCAUCCACGAGAUCAGCAUUCCUUGUACAGCACAUCGACUAGGGCAUUGGCAACAGCGAAGCGGAGAGGUGAUCGGCGAGCUGUGGACUAUUGGUCUGGACAACCCAUCCUCAGCAUUGAGAUCCUGCCGUUGCCUCUCGUGCGUCUACCAAUCGAGAAACCGAUCUCAAUCUUGGCACAUGCCUCAGCCGUUCCAAGUGCGAUAAUCAGCGGGAAGAAGGACCCCUUCUUGUAUAAUCCCAGAAAAGCAGCCGUGGGACAGGCUAAGACUGUUCUCGUGCAGAACGAGUCCUUCGACUUGGUCGUAACGCUACGGAAUCCGUACGUGUUCGACCUUGACCUGCAAAGUCUUCAGCUGAGCACAUCAGGUGUCUCAUUCGAAUCGAAAGCGUCGCCGGUGAUCGUUCCUGCCAACUCUUUCCAUCCUGUGACCAUCAGCGGGAAAGCGUUGGAAGCCGGUACACUCGUUGUCCGUGGCUGCAUCGUCCAAGCUCCUGGAGGCGCGGCGCGUGAAUUUGUGCUACCGUUGUCCACCGAGGAAGAAGAGGAGCGUCGGUCGCGAAGACGAAGCGCCAUCGACUGCGAGACCGGGAGGUCCAAACACUCUGGUCUUGCUUCACGGCCUUGGGAGAAAGCCAGCAAGAGGAGUAGCACACAGGGUACGGUCUCAACGUCGAAUACGAAUAAGCCGGCAGUACGCUUUGUCGAGUGUAUAGUCGUGCCAGAACAACCUCUGCUACGGAUACGGCGAACGUCAUUGACGCACGGGGCCGUCAUGCUGUACAAUGGCGAGAUGUCUACGAUCCGUAUCACGCUUGAGAACGUUUCUUCGUUGCCUGUUGACCUUAUCCACUUGACCUUUGAUGAUUCUACCAUCGCGCCUGCGCAACAAGCUCUCGCGGAUGGAGGCAUGUCUGUCUUCGAUACCUAUGAGACGGAGUACGACCUUGUCCAUCGACCGGUCUUCACCUGGGAUAGUGAACGAGAAACACAAGAGAUAGGCCCUGGACAGAAGAGAGUAAUUACCGUCAACUGCUUCGGCAAAGUAGGCUGCACAAGUGGUGUGAUCCACGCCUCCUACGCGUACGUGAAGCGACCACUGGAGACUCUUACGGAACCCGGGGAAGUCUUCUACACACGCCAGUUGUCAUACCCCGUACUGGUGACUGUCUACCAUAUGUUGGAGUGUGAUGCGAUGGACAUCCUCUCCUAUUCUGGGGUGACAACGACGCUACCUCCACACGCACAUGGCAGCGAUGAAGACUUACUUGACGCCAAGACACGAAAGUCGUUGCUGCAUGUUGGUGACAUUGCGGACUGGUGCAUAUUCUCUAUCGAGAUCCGGAACACUUAUGGUUUGCCAUUCGAAGUGACUUUUGAGCGUAACCAAGAAGGUGUUGAGCCUGCCAGUAUCACCUCUCUCGUGCCCCCAGGAUCGACCUCUCGCAUUGUACUGCCAAUCAAAAAGAUCUUGCUGUCGGAGGAGCAUGUAACAAGACCUAUUCCCAUGUUGUCUGACCGACAAUAUGUCGUCUCAGCUUCGAAGUUGUCUCCCGAAGAAGAGCGCUCACAGCGAGAACUCUUCUGGUAUCGAGAAGAGCUUUUCAAGGCGGUACACGGGAAAUGGCGCGAGAACGGAGGCACGAGAGCAGGAGACUUGUCACUGCGGCAGCAACGAAUGACUCUUCCCAUGUUAGAGGCACUUCGUGUCGAGACUGCGCGAGUACGGAUGACCCUGGUUACCUACGAUGAAGAGGGCAGCGCACAUCCCGUACCAGUGGACCCUACAGGGACCAAAUACUUGCCUCUGCCCAACGAGUUCGUCUACCUACGAACCUCCCUUACAAACCUCUCACCCUCCGACCUGGUAUUGACGCUUACUCUCGAGCUGGAGCCUGCCGAGCAUGUCAUAUUCCAAGGCGAGCUCGUCGAUAUUCCCGUAGGGCGACUAGCCAAGGGAGAGACAUACGACGUCGAGACGCCUGUCACGUUUAUCGCAUGCGGACGCUUCGACUUCUCGGCGGAAGUAUAUGCUCUCGGCAAAUCGGAAGAUUACAGCCCAGUAGGUCAUGGCAACAUGCGUUUAGAUGUCUCCGGCGAACCAUAG